AUGUCACAGUGGGAAUCAUUACCAACAUGGCUGCAAAAUCAAGUCAAACAAAUUGAACGAGGAUCAUUAUCGUCCCUUGCGUCUCUCAAAUCGCUCAACCGUUCUAUCUCUUCUAAACAGUCCUCUGAUCAUUUGCGUCCUUACUUUCAAACUCUCAUUCCUCUUUUUUUCGUUCAUCUCGAUCCAAGGCUCGUCCCCCAUGAGAUCACUCCAGAUUCUGCACAUUCAAUUAUGCUUGCUAAGGUGUCCAUCAUGGGCAUUAGUUGCCUAUGCGGAGAGAAUCAAGGAGAAUUACGUGGUGCACCCCAAUUUCGUCAGAAGCUGUCCGAUGCUAUACAUUCACAUUGGAGUGGGGUAUCUGCAUGGGUUCAAUUUUUCUACCAUAAUUUCCUCGUCCCGCGGGAUGACCCAGUUGCACGCCUACACAGGAUCUACAGUGUAACCUCGCAGGAAGCUGCCAGCACCUCAAUACGGUUCAUCUAUGUGGCUAGCGUACUUCCCGGUGUUGUCGCGCAUCUCUAUCGAACAACGCCGGAUAUCGAGCGAAUCAUCAUGGAACUCUGGUACUUGGUAACGGACAUCAAACGCGAAGAUUGCAUUGUUGAUCCAUAUCUUCGCCACUGGCGUCAGGACUUCAACAUGCUUCGCGCAUUCAUGGCCCAUGUAGUCACCUCGUGCGUGUACUAUGAGCCUCCUAGCACUCCUCUUCCGCCUUUGACAUCGCUCAUCGAAGCCGCUGGAGGAAGGACCCCUAUGGUUUUGGCUGCUCUCAAAUGCCUACGUUUUGCAGGAAAGGGAGCGGCUCAGAGAGACCGCGACAUGGUCAAGCAUGACCUUGACCUUAGCCCCUUAAAUACACUCUCAUUGACGUGCAAGCAAACGCUCAUCUUCAUGUUUGCUACAAGCCAGGCAGACCCUGUCAUUUGCGAACUCUUUCUCACACAUUCCUCAAUACGCACAGUUCUCAACACGCUGGCCGGAAUAGGGACACAUCCAGGUACAGAGCCUAACCUGGAUCCUACCAAUGAGAGCUUCUGUCAAAAGACUGCAACAAAGCGGGCCGCUAUGGCUAUUGGUCAUCAGUAUAUCUCGUUCGUGCUGGCGUGUUCUAAUAAUCCCAUUGAAACUGCCUGCCAUGCCCUUCGUUGCCGUCUUCUGGAGGUCCUCCUGCGGAACUGUGUAUUCCCCUCGGAAAACCGCGUGCACAAGUCCAGGUGGUCUGAUUAUGAUAUCAGGAUUUUUGAACAGCUGGGAGGGGCGCUAAUCUAUGAGAGAGUCGUUCGUAUUGCCUCGAUGUCUAUGCAAUAUAUCGAUUCUCAACGCCUUUAUGUUCAUGCCAUGCACGAUCCAACAUUGUGGGGCUCGCUGUUGACCUUUAAAGAAAUCCUUUCGCAACGUUGGAGAAUUCUCUCUACGUUAACGCCGUGCACACGUCCAGAGUACGAACGAACCUGUGGAGGUCCUGGGUGCAUCAGUGCGAGUACCAGACUUCAACAGUGUGCUGGAUGCCAGACCACGAAAUACUGCUCAAAAUCUUGCCAGCGAGCAGCAUGGUCGACUGUGCACCGUAAGCAUUGCAGUAUCCUAAAGGCUGGCAUUGGAAUGGCCAAGGCUGGCAGGCACCUUCGGGCAAGUCUGCCGUUUAUUGCAUUAAUUGAGGCAGCCGAGUUCGAUGACGACAAGUGGCCAGGACAGCGUGCUCUACGACACAAACUGGCCACCGUUCAAGAAGAGAAUCCAGCAGACGUUCAUUCCUUGGUGAUCGAGUUGGACAUGACCGUACUCCCCAUCAAACAUCGCAUACAACCCCUUCGGCAAUGUGUCGGACAAUUCCAAGACACAAAUUGGAUGCGGAUCAUCCGGGGCAGGCAGGCCUUACAGGGCAACAGUAUACUUCCUAUGAUGACAAUAAUCACCACGAUCGAGGGCGCUAAGAGAAGGUCACUUUUCAGUCCACGGACAGCUCUGCAAUUAGCAUUUGGGUGGCCGCCGUCUAAGUUCACUGAAGAAGUUCCUGGUAUCCCACGCAGUGUUCUGUUCGAUUACUGCACCAAAGUCUUCGCGGGUUGCGCUGACGAAGGGGAUGGAUCGAAAUAUGACCCCAAGAGUACCCGAAAGGAUCUUACACUUGCGAAUGGUGCUGCAGAGUGCCCGCGUAUAGUUGGUGUUGAGGCCUAG